CCUAUUAGCCUUAAGUACCCGGUAUUUGGCGCUCGUUCAAGUGGAACUGAAAACACCUUUCAAUAUAUAUAAGCCUAUUCCAUGUGUAGUUUUCCCCAUUAGUGUGUCAACUGCUGAUCGAUCUCAACUGGCUCCUAUAUACUUAAGCCGGGACGCCUGGAGUUUCUACACAGUGCAGGGUUAAAAAGUGUCCGUUUUGUUGAAAUGUACACAUAGACGUGCUCUGACAUUAUUGGAUUGUAGCAUUCUGAUUCAACAGCACGACCGGUCUACCUUUGUAAACCUAUGCUCAGCUUUGCAGGUAUAUCUUUAAGACAACAGAUGACCAGUGAAUUAUUAAUGUACUAACGCGGGUUAUACAGAAAACACACGUUUACACAAUAACCCCUAUACCACUGUGUACAAAGGAGACAUUUCCAUUUGAAGACUACCCGGACCGCACACACUGGACGUUAGUUACGUGAAAUACAGACCACAGACCGGAUAACAGACGACAACGACCACGAGCUGAUUGACUAGUGUAUACAAAUUGAAACCCGGGUACACUGUACAUUUAUAUUGUCGAUACUGCAGUUACAAAGAACAUGUCUCUACAGACCACUCGCUACAUAACUGUUUUACUGGUACUGUUGUUAACGGGAUGUACAAAAGCAUCUCUACUGAAAUUCCAGGGCAAGUUCGAAGCUGAUUUCGAAGAUUUCGUAGACGUCAAUAUACAGAACAAUGGACGUUACCGGCGUUCCCCUGGAGAUCGGAGUCCAUAUCCUCAAAACGUUGACGUCACAUUUACAACAUUAAGUGAUGACGUCAGCUUACCACUAACACGAAAUGAUGACGUUGAACAGAACGUACCUAUUUACAUAUCUCGUGCUGGUGGCGUUACCAGACAACAUGUUCCCGUGUUACAGAAUGUAGCAUUAUACCAGAAUCUCGAGAAAGGAGCAGCUUUUAUGGUGGAGUUUAAUGACACACAUAUCCAUAACAUAUUUGGAUCUUUACAUUUACACGACGAGGAGUACUUCCUUGAGCAGACCAAUCAAACACGCCCUUUUAAGGAACCAACUAAUCAAACAAGCCAAUUAAACCAACAACAAUCAAAGUUAUACAAGCUGUUUAAAACGAAGCAACGGGAUUUAAAAUACGAUUUUAUUUUGGAAGAUGACCGAACUGGACUACAGAAUAUGAGACGAAAGUCUGACCACAAUCUAGGAGGUCACGUUAGAAACAAAAGGGCGAUAACUGCCAACCAGGUGGAGCUGCUGAUCGCCACAGAUUACUCAGUUUAUCAAUAUUGGUACGAUGAGAGUACAGCAACAACAACACCUGAGAAAGACGUUGAAGCCAAAGCGUCCGUCCGUCAGUUCUACGCCUUUGUUAUGAAUGCGAUUGAUGUUCGAUACAAGAGCAUCGUGUCUCCUACAAUAUCCAUGGGGGUAGUUUUCGCUGGAAUAUAUAUAGCAGAUAGCUUUGCCGCAUCAACUUGGACAGAAGACAGAAUAGCUGUUGGCUCCAAGUUUGCUGUGAACAUUAACACUGCCUUGACUAAAUUCCGGACAUGGGAACAAGCUACUUCCGGUCUCCCGAGUCAUGAUCAUGCGAUGAUGUUCACUAAAUACGAUUUCACAAACGAAGGCGAUGGUGGUGUAGCUGGGUUAGCCUAUUUAAAUGGAAUAUGUGGAUCGACUAAGCAGUCAGUUGCUGAGGAUCUGUUUGAUUUCGGGAUGAUGACAAUUGCAGCCCACGAACUUGGUCAUAACCUGGGCGCAUCACAUGACGGUGAAGGAAACACAUGUUCCUUUAAUGACGGCUAUAUUAUGGCUGCCACUAGUCUCAUUCAGACUGGAGCUACCGCGACCCAUCCCUGGCAAUUCUCCUCCUGUAGUGUCACCAGUUUUGAAAAUAGGAUCAAUUCAUUAAACAGUAUUGGAUCAAAUUGUUUGACCUCUUUGAGUUCAAAUUUUGACCCAACGGCCUUGACUCCAUAUGACCAAGAGAUUGCUGGCCAGAUGUUCGACGCAGAUGCCCAAUGUAGACACAUAGUUGGUGACAAUUCCUAUUUGUGUAGGGGAUUCUACUACCAGGACUACACCAGUAUAUGUAACAGGAUGUAUUGCUCCAAGGCCGACGGCUCAGACUUCUGCUCCGAGCACGUGCCCGCUGACGGUACCUCAUGUGGACAAAACAAGUGGUGUGUCAGAGGGGAAUGCGUAUCGAACGCGUCCGCACCGAGCGUAUCAGACACUUGUCCGUUCGGAGACCAGGCUGGUGUGGUCUCCUCUGGCCAUACAUGCGCUAGCGUUGUUCAGCUAAAUGCGUACAACUGUAACACCACGGGCUGGUAUAGCUACUGCUGUAGUACAUGUGGCGCCCUCUACACAGGAAUUCCAGGAUGUGAAUACGGGGACAGGAGCUCACAGUGUAACGCGACAAACUGUCCAUUUUACAGUGCUUCCUCUUUGCAGACUUGUUGUGGGACUUGCGCAGUGACGACCACAACAUCAACACCAACAACUACAACUACCACUCCAACAACUACAACUACCACUCCACCCACGACAACUACCACUCCAACCACGACAACUACCACCCCAACCACGACAACUACCACCCCAACCACGACAACUACCACUCCAACCACGACACCUACCACUCCAACCACGACAACUACCACUCCAACCCCGACAACUACCACUCCAACCACGACAACUACCACCCCAACCACGACAACUACCACCCCAACCACGACAACUACCACCCCAACCACGACAACUACCACUCAAACCACGACAACUACCACUCCAACAACUACAACUAUCACUCCAACAACUACAACUACCACUCCACCCACGACAACUACCACUCCAACCACGACAACUACCCCUCCAACCACGACAACUACCACUCCAACAACUACAACUAUCACUCCAACAACUACAACUACCACUCCACCCACGACAACUACCACUCCAACCACGACAACUACCCCUCCAACCACGACAACUACCACUCCAACAACUACAACUACCACUCCAACAACUACAACUACCACUCCACCCACAACUGCCACUCAAACAACUCCAACUUCUCCAACCACAACUACAAAUCCAUCCACAUCUACCACUCUGACUAUAACAGCCAUUCCGACAACUCCAACUAAAACAACUACAAAUCGAAGCACCUCUUCCUCCCCAACCAGUACUACAACACCAACUUCAAACCCAACAACGAGUGUCUCUCUAACAACUUCAACAAACACCACUACUCCAGGAUCAACAACGACAGCAGACGAACUUAUGGAGAUGUUGAUUAUUGGUGUAUCGGUGGGCGUGGCAGGAUUGUUGUUCAUCAUCCUCAUAGCUGUCGCAGUGUGUCUAAUUUGUCGGACGGUGAACCGGAAAAAAUCUCCACGUGGGGGUUCUGCCUCCCCUUCUGUUGACAGCACCUAUAUACCGGACAUGUAUAACGGCAGGACCCAGCGUACACCAGCGCCUACACCUGCCAUGUCUAACAAUCCAUAUUUACCCAAAGUCACCCCGUCACCAUCCACUCAGUCACGUGAUGGACGUGCGAAGACACCGGCAGCGCAUCAUUCCCACGUUUCCUCGCCGCAGACACAGAAGUGGUAUCCGGUGUAUGGUUACACUAAUCACGGCCUACAGGUCGACAGUGCUAUGGAUAACUAUACAGACCCUACCAUGACUCGUCAACCAUACACAGACUUCCAUAUAAGGGGACAUUAUCACUGAUAGGACAGUUCAUAUACGUAUCUAUCUAUCGACUAUCUGUCUAUCUUCUGAAUGCUAUACUCCACAGAGACCAGAGUGGCCUUGAUGCGGAGGAGUCGUAUUAGGUCGUGUGGAAUUGUUAACUAAGUAGGAUCCAGGUAAUUGGGAUUUUAAUUGAACAGAUAAUUCAGAUCCAAUACUGACAAAUAUAUCUUGACUGAACAGAGCUCGAAUUAAGGAGUUAUUACUGUCUCGACCACGUUUUCUUCAGGUGCCAUCACUGUGAUUUUACUUAAAGGUUUCAUAACUCCAAUAAGCCCUUUAUCACUCAUCACUCCCAUACUUGCUAUAGGAUACAACAUUCCUUUAAGUUAUAUGGGUUCCAUCACUCCCAUAAUUAAUUUUGGUUUUAAUAAUCACAUAACUUCUAUGUGGUUUAGUACACUCAAACAUUUUAUGGGUUUAUAGCUCCCAAACAAUUCAAUAUUUCCGAAUAUUUGUGAUAAUUUUACAGUGUGAAAUAACGUGUAUGGGAGAAACAUUAUAUGCAACUCGUGAUUAUUCACUUAUGUAAGUGACGUACCUAUAGAUGAUAAGAUGUGUUAUAAUUUAAUUCUUAGUGCAAUUACACUAACGAUUAAAAUGUUAUUGCAUAAUUAGAACGGAGUAUAUAUUCUCCAUGAUAUAGUAAACCUGAUUUCAUAUUGAUGCUCUACAAUUACAAAAUAACAUACCUACUACCUCGUCGAAAUGAUUAUAUAUAUAUGAAUUAUUUUGAAAUGAUGAAUUA